UGUGUGUGUGUGUGUGUGUGUGUGUGUGUGUGUGUGUGUGUGUGUGUGUGUGUGUGUAAUAUAUUGCCAAAGGUAGUACAGCAAUGGCACCACACCUAUUAUUAUCAAGGUCCAGCUUAUUUGCUCUAUAACGAGUUGCGGCAUGUCUAUCUCGAAAACUGCUAUAGCUGUCGAAUGCAGUAAGCAGGUAGUCAAAUAUAUCCGCUCCAACCUGCAAGUCUUCAGCUCUCCUAGAGCGCCGCCAACUCGAAUUGAGCAAGCAAGAUCAAUAACACUGACUAUACUGGAAGCACUAUACAAAUAUCUUCUCAAAAAGCCUGGCUUGUACCUAGACAAGAUAGCAAUAUUCCUCCAGAACAAGUCAUUCAAGUCCCGAAGAUCCUUGCACCUUCACACAUGAAGGUUGUUCCUACAUCGUGAUGGAAAGGAUCAAUAUAAAGACAUAAUCAGCAUUGGCUGGGUCAAUCAAAGCGAAGAAUCCAAGACCAAGCUUCUUACACAAUUGAAGAUCAUGAUCCAGAAAAUGCAGGAACUUCGGCUUCCAGAAGAUAUAGAGGUCUCCUCUGUUAGUAGAGGACCUCUGUUCGAUUGCCGUUCACCAGACGAUUCCCUACAUUUAUGGCCUUUUUCCAGUGUCCAAAGCUUCCAUCAACCACUUACCAGUUGGCAUGGUAUUUGACCCGAGACGACUGAAAUUCAGGACAACACAAUCGUGGUUGGCCUAUCGUAUUGACUUGUGGCGACCUCAGCAGCUUGAAUAUUCUUGUCUGCGGUGAUGAUAUUAUUGGCGUCAUUGACUGGGAAACAGCCGGUUGGUACCCGUCAUACAGGGGAUAUACAACAGCUUGCCAAGUCAACCCCCAGAAUUCUGUAUAGAUCAAAAAACUGACAAAUU